AGAAUGAAAAGCCCUCCAAAAUCAUUUAUCCAGAAUUCCAAACUCUAAUGCAAAAGGAGUGGAUGCAAAUACUUUUGCUAAACAAUUGCUGAGUAGAAUUUAGAAGGAUAACCCAAACUACCCUUCAAUUACGCAAUCCUGCAAUCUGCAAAUCCGCCAUUUUAGACCAACGAGCAAGAACCACUCUCUUCCUCUUUCUAUUUUUUUUUCUUUUAUAUGUUAUACCCAGUAUUUAUUUAGAGAGAGAUUUUUAGCAAAAACCACUCUCAUAGAGAGAGAUUUUUUUUAUAUAUUUAUACCCAGUAUUUAGCUUUAGGCUUCCUGGAAUAGAAAUUUUGCUGGAAAGCGAUACAGCUUUUCAUAGCUAUUCGCCACAUAUAAUGUCACCUCUGGAAUGCCCAGUAUUCACGGUGUCCAAUUUGGGCACCCACCUUGCCGUGCCUAUUUCUCCCGACGCGACGGCCAGGGACUUCAAGAGAGUAUUUGAGAGAGCACACUUGCAUUGCUUCCCAGAACAUGGAGAAAUUGUGGCAAGUAGUGUAAUGGUAUGUUUGAAGUUCUGAACUGCUUUGUUAGCUGUCUUUAGAAGAUUAAUACUAAAAUUACCAUAUUGAAAGUCAAUUUCAUAAUUACCCCCUUUCCCCGUCAUAUUUGCAUUAAUAUUUUUAUAUAUCAGCUAAAACUUACAAUGAGCAUUCAUCAUCAUCAUUUGCACCUUAAUCCUAAUUAGUUGGGGCCUGUUCUAUGGUUUUACUUAAUUGUGUAAAGUAUAAUUCAUGCAACGACUCCAAUGAGAAAUAUUGUGACAAUGUUUAUUCUGCUUGAUGCCCCUCUUGUUGGGAACCUCUUAAGAAGGAAUGAUUGCAAUGAGUUCUCAACUUUUAAUGUUCAUUGUUUUUAUAGUAAAUUUCAUAAUUGCAACACUGUUUGCCUUGAACACGCUGUUCAUCACUAUUAAGUAUUAAGACUUUGGGUUGCAUUCUGAAAUGCCAACUUCAUAUGAGGGCUAGUUAAUGCCUUAUAUGCUUGUUUAUUAUUCCAUAUUUAGCCAAGUGGUAGACUCUUCAACACCUUUUCAUAGAGGCUCACAUCAUCGUUAUGCAUUAUGUGGUCUCUAAUACUAUACUAAGAUUUCAAAUUUCAUAGGAAAGGCAGUAAAUCAAUGUUGUUGGCUUGUUAUUUACUCCCUCCGUCCCAUUUUACUUUACUUUCCUUUUUGGGUUGUCCCAAAAUAAGUGUCACCUCUCCCUUUUUGGAAGGAAAUAUGUGGUUCACAACAUUUCACUUUAUUAUACUCAAAUCUCAACCACAACUUUUACCUUUUCAAUCACUUUAUUAAAAAUUGUGCAAAACCAAAGGAGACACAUAAAAUGGGACGGAGGUAGUAAUAUUUAUCCGAUGUGGGACAAACUCUUCAACAAUUACACUUACAUGUAAAUGAUGUAGCACUAAUGCUAUUAUGCUAACAAGGUCAUCAAGCUAUGUGAUUAUUUUUUUGAAACUUAAUGCUGCUUUGAAUUUGUACGUUUGUAUGUGUGGGUUUGUAACAGGUCCAGAGAAAGGCAAAACUUUACCACUUGUCUGAUACCCUACCCAUAAAGCAUGUUUUCCAGUACUUGAAGGGUAACUGGUUUCUUCAUGUUAGAGUAUAUCAUUCUAGCAUUGCUGACCCGAUAGGAUUACCUGAAGGUAUAAAGGAUCGUUCAAAUGAUGGUGAACCUGAGAAUUUUCAUACAAGCACUACUUCAAAGAUUAGGUCGAGUUGCCGGAAGAGUAGGGGGAUCGGCAUGAAAAGGUUUACCAGCAUUAGGUGGCCACCUUUAGGCAUUCGAAGAAGGCAUUUCUUUCUUAGGAGGCUAAAUAGUAAGAGGAAAAGGGUUGGUAAUAAUUGCGGUGACAGAUUUGGUAUCGGUGUGUCGUCGGAAGCUAAAGACAGGCCAAGUAAAGUGAGGAAUUCUUUUACAGCAUUGGAGAGCCAUUAUGAGGCAUUAUCAUCUGAAACCAUGUCAGUCUCGGGUAUUAUGAAGAAAUAUUUAUCCUAUAAUGAUUAUUUAUCUAGUUACCAUGGGGAGGUGAACUCAAGUUCAGCGCUUUCAUAUUCACCUCCAGAAAUGCUAGAUCUUCCUCUGACAAAUGAAUCGGUUCCAGUAGUCUCAAGUAGUAAGGUCAAGAGUGCUGAAGUCGGGAAGCGCCUUUUGACUGCUGGUAAGAAUCUUGGGUUUAAUGCCAGUAGCCCAAGUAUUGGACUUCGUUUUAUUACAAACUUAUCGGUAUAUGAUAUCCCUGCUGAGGAUGGCUGAAGGUAGCAGACUAGCAGUGCAUGGCAUGGCUACCGUUUGGUGCAGAUUCCAGUAGGCUAUCUCAGUGUAGUCGCAGCACGUAUGUAGCAUGGAAACUUUUGGGAAAAAGUACGUUUCCGUUUCGUAAACUCUACGGAAACUCUCUAAACAAGCAUUUUUUGAGCAAAAGUUGACGUUUCCGGCUUCCUCAUGAUUUUUGCGUUUCCGUGCAACAUAGAGUCGCACUAGAUUCUUAACUAAAUUUGCCUUAGCUAACCUAAUUUGUAAUUUCCCGUAUUCUGACAAUUAUAAUGUUGUGUACUGUAAAAACAAACUUAAAAUAUAAAUAUAGUUAUCAUAUAGUGGUGAUGUAUUAUUUUUCUUGUAUAUACAAAGUGGCCG